GCGAGGUUCUGUGGGUUCCACAGUCAGGUCACAAAGGGGAGCGUGAGGUGUGGGCGCCAUGUCUGAGGGAGCUUACCAGCGCCUCUGGGCGGCCUCCCAUGGGACGCUGCAAGAGCUGCUGGGCGGAGAGCAGGCCCUGCAGGACGCCGUGCCCGGCCGGGAGCGCCAGGCCUUCCGCUACCGGCUCGCGGCGCUCUACCUGCGCUACCUGGGGCUGCUGCGCCGCCUCGACGCCGUCUACGACCAGAUGGCGCAGCCGCAGAAGCGCCUGCUGGCGCGGCGCCUGCUGGACGGCGUGGCGGGCCGCGUGCUGGAGCUCAAGGACGAGCUGGUGUGCGUGGACCUGUGCGAGACGCACUGCCUGGACCGCGUGCUGCAGGACCUCGCGCUGACGCCGGCAGACCUCGAGGUCCCAAUCCCCAAAUACUUCCAGCUGGAGCAGCCCAGCACGGUAAAGGAAUGGCACCAGAAGCUGGCUGAGAUCCUGUCCAGGAUGGAGGUGACCCAGGAGAGCCCUCCAGGAAUGCUAAGGACGGAGGCCGUCAUCUUAGUGCAAAGCACUGAGCGCGCACGGCAGGGCCGGCUCCGAGCUGCCUUCAUGCGAGAGAUCCGGAGGGAGGAGGAGCGGGACCGGAAGGUCCGGGAGGACAGGCGGCCCAAGAUCAGUCAGGACCAGGCCGCUCUGAUCAUACAGAAGGUGUGGAAAGGUCACCUGCAGAGGAGGCGCACCCAGCAGGACCGGCGCGCGGAGAUGGAGUUCAUCGGCAUGUGCCGUCACCGGCCAGUUCCCUGAUUAUCCAGACGAGUCACUAGGCGGUUCCUGCCUGAUCUUUGCUGACAAGACUCCAGAGCAGGUGAGAAUGGAACUGCAGGUGCAGCCCCAGGAGGGCAAAAAGGUGAAAGAGACGAGCAAAGACGGAGACCAGGACAAAAAAGAGGAGAAAAAGAAAGAGAAGGAAGAAAAGGCCAAGAAGGGGGUAAGGCAGCCCCUGGCACGGCGGGAAGCGGAAACGAUGUUGAAAGUGUCGCCCUCUAAGUUUAUUCCUGGGAUCAGCGCGGAACACCAGGAAUACAUAAAAGUGUGGGCGAACCGGAAUGGGAGCAAACACCCCAGCCAGAGCUUUGACCCAGAGAUCCUCCGCGAGGAGAAGCAGAAGGAGGUGGAAGCGGAGCUCCGUGUGCAGGUGGACGAGCUCAUGCGGCAGGAGCUGAAGAGCCUCCGUCUGGCGGUGGACAAGGAGGAUGGGAGGCCCAUGAAGACUCCAAAGAGGAAGCCUAGCAAGAAGACUGGGAAGAGGAAGAAGGAGAAAGAUCUGACGCCGAACAGGUCCCUGGAGUCGCUGUAUGAAGAGCUUGUCAUUUCUGGCCUUCUGAAGAAGAGUGACAGCGUGGCCCUGAAGGACUACAUAGGAGACUGCCUCUACCUGGGGUCUGCGCUGAUGUUGGCCAACAAGCUCCCCAUGCCCUCCCUGUUUGACAUACGACAGAACAUGGCCUUGUAUGGGGUCCUCCGGCUGGGCUCCGCAGACAUCCACUCGCUGGCCCCCCUCAUCCGAUCCAUCCUCCUGGUGGGCCCCUCCGGUGCGGGGAAGAAGAUGCUGGUCCAUGCAGUGUGCACGGAAACCGGGGCCCUCCUGUUCGACUUGUCGCCUGGAAACCUGCAGGGCAAAUACCCGGGCAAGGCCGGGGCGCAGAUGCUCGUGCACAUGGUCUUCAAGGUGGCCCGGCUGCUCCAGCCCUCUGUGAUCUGGAUUGGAGACGCUGAGAAAAAUUUCUAUAAGAAGAUCCCGAAAGAGGAGAGGCAGAUGGACCCGAAGCGCAUCAGGAAGGACCUGGGCAAGGCCGUGCGGCUGCUGCGUCCCGGCGACCGCGUGAUGCUCAUCGGGACCACGGAGCAGCCGCAGCUGGCGGACAUGAAGGGGCUGUGCCGGCUGUACGAGCGCAUCCUCCUCGUGCCCCGGCCUGACUACGCUUCCCGCUACGUGCUCUGGAAGCAUCUGAUAGAGGCCCGGACGCAGGUGAGCCCGAGCCUGGACCUCAGUGCCCUGGCCAGCGUGUCCGAUGGCUACACGUCUGGCCACAUCCUCCAAGCCAGCCAGGCGGUGCUGAACGACCGGCGGCUCCUGCAGCUGUCCAGGCGGCCUCUGGGGGCCUCAGAGUUCCUGGGGCAGCUGGCGAAGCUGGACCCUGUGUACUGUGAGGAGGAGGAGUCCCUGAAGGACUGGUACUUCAAGACCCCUCUGGGCAAGAAGAGCAUGAAGCUUAGCAAGGACCAGGUGGAGGCUGAGGAGGCCAAGCUGGCCAAGGAGAAGAAAAGGAAGUGAAGUCGGGAGCCGAUAGUGUCCACUCAGGCAGCGGUGAUGGGCAGUGCCCAGGGCCCGAGGGACGGGCAGAAAUACAAACGCCAAGGUGGCAGAGA